AGUUGUCAUUUAGUGUGUCAGUCAACUCAAACGAAACAAUAAAACAAAUACGAAACAAGUGCCUUUAUUUUUGUUUUAAUUUAAUAGUAAAUUACUAAUUAAUUACAUUAAUUGACAAAAUAGAACUCUUCGAAAAUGACGAAUAACAAAUACACACUGUUAUUUAUUACUCUACUCUCCAUUUUAAUAAUCCCAUCUCUAGCAAUAAGAUGCUAUCAAUGUUCAUCGGAUCAAGAUGCCAAGGGUCAUGAUAGUUGUGGAGCUUACAAGCAAUUCAAUAAAACCGAACACAUUCCAAUUGAGUGCAAUAGCGAUGAAUCUCACAUGCCUGGAUCGUUUUGCAUGAAAGUCGUUCAACAAGGUCCAAGAGGAUUCAUAUGGGAUGGCAGAUGGCGUCAAGUAAUUCGACGCUGUGCAUCCGUAUCGGACACAGGAGUCACAGGAGUUUGCAACUGGGGUGUCCACGAAAAUGGUGACUACUGGGAGGAGUGUUAUUGUGGCGGUGACAGCUGCAAUGGAGCUGCAACUCUGAGAAUAUCCAUGAUGGGAUUUGUAAUUUUCAUAGGAUACCUUCUGAUGAGAUAGAAUCGUGAGAAGAAACCAGACAGCGAUUCUCAAUCCGUCCAAAAUUUGUAUUUAAUCUAAGAACAAGUUCAACAAAUUGAUUAAGAAAAAAACAAUGUAACAAGUGCCGUCCAACACUUUUUUAUUUAGAAUUAAUUUUUACUUUUUAUUAACAAAAUAAAAAUACAAAAACUACUUUUUGCCUCAUUUUGAGUCAAAAGUAGAAAAUAUAAAGAAAUCAAA